GAGAAGAAAGUGAGGGACAGACCAGCAUUGAAGUCUACAGUACCAGGACCAGCUCACCGGAGGCAGGAGGGUUGGGAGUGGUUCUCGACAGCCUCCCAGGCCUCCUGGAGUGUCUGAUCCCUUUCUCCAAGAAUGGGUCUGUGGGGGAUGCUUGCCUUCCCCCUGGGAUUCCUGCUUGCUUCUGCGCUCCUGGUGGCUUCAGCCCCAGCCAACCCAGAGACUCCUGGCUGCAGCCACAAAGACCAACAGGUCACCGUUAGCCACACCUACAAGAUUGAUGUGCCCAAGUCUGCUCUGGUUCAAGUAGAGACGGACCCACAGUCACUCAGUGAUGAUGGGACAUCACUCUUGGUUCCUGGGGAGGAUGGGGAGGAGCAGAACAUUAUCUUCAGGCACAACAUCCGUCUUCAGACACCGCAGAAGAACUGUGAGUUGGCCGACAGUGUCCAGGACCUGCUAGCCCGGGUGAAAAAGCUGGAGGAGGAGAUGGCAGAGCUGAAGGAGCAGUGUAGUACCAGCCGCUGCUGCCAGGGAGCUGCCGAUCUGAGCCGUCACUGCAGUGGGCAUGGGACCUUCUUCGCUGAGACCUGCAGCUGCCACUGUGACCAGGGCUGGGAGGGCGCUGACUGUGAGCAGCCCACCUGUCCUGGGGCUUGCAGCGGCCACGGGCGGUGCGUGGAUGGGCAAUGCGUGUGUGAUCAGCCCUAUGUGGGGGUCGACUGCGCCUACGCCGCCUGUCCCCAGGACUGCAGUGGGCAUGGCGUGUGUGUGCGGGGUGUCUGCCAGUGCCACAAGGACUUCACAGCUGAGGACUGCAGCGAGCAGCGCUGUCCUGGCGACUGUAGUGGCAACGGCUUCUGUGACACUGGCGAGUGUUACUGCGAGAUGGGCUUUACUGGCCCCGACUGUUCCCAGGUGGUGGCUCCUCAGGGCCUGCAGUUGCUCAAGAGCACCGAGAACUCCCUGCUGGUGAGCUGGGAGCCCUCCAGUGAGGUGGACCACUACCUGCUUAGCUACUACCCCUUGGGGAAGGAGCAAGCUACAAAACAGGUCCGGGUGCCCAAGGAGCAACACACCUACGACAUCACUGGUUUGCUGCCUGGCACCAAGUACAUAGUCACCCUGCGUAACGUGAAGAAGGACAUUUCCAGCAGCCCUCAGCAUCUCCUUGCCACCACAGAUCUUGCUGUGGUGGGCACGGCCUGGGUAAAUGAGGAGACUGAGACAUCUCUUGAUGUGGAGUGGGAGAACCCUCUGACUGAGGUGGACUAUUACAAGCUUCGGUAUGGCCCCUUAACAGGGCAGGAAGUGACUGAGGUCACUGUGCCCAAGAGCCGUGAUCCCAAGAGUAGAUAUGACAUCACCGGUCUGCAGCCUGGAACGGAAUAUAAAAUCACAGUUGUGCCCAUAAGAGGAGAUCUGGAGGGAAAGCCAAUUCUCCUCAAUGGCAGGACAGAAAUUGAUGGACCAACCAAUGUGGUCACAAACCAAGUGACAGAAGACACAGCAUCUGUUUCCUGGGAUCCAGUGAGGGCUGACAUAGACAAGUAUGUGGUGCGCUAUAUCUCCCAUGAUGGGGAGACCAAGGAGAAGGCAGUACCCAAGGACCAGAGCAGCACCGUUCUCACGGGCCUGAAGCCAGGAGAGGCCUACAAAGUCUUUGUGUGGGCUGAGAGAGGCAACCAAGGCAGCAAGAAAGCAGACACCAAGGCCCUCACAGAAAUUGACAGCCCAGAAAACCUGGUGACCGACCGUGUGACAGAGAACAGUCUCUCUGUCUCGUGGGACCCGGUGGAGGCUGAAAUAGACAGGUACGUGGUGAGCUACACUUCCGUGGAUGGAGAGACAAAGCAGGUUCCAGUGAGGAAGGACCAAAGCAGCACCGUCCUCACCGGCCUGAGUCCAGGUGUGGAGUACAAAGUGUACGUGUGGGCAGAGAAAGGUGAUCGAGAGAGCAAGAAGGCCAACACCAAGGCUCCCACAGACAUUGACAGCCCCAAAAACUUGGUGACUGACCAGGUGACAGAGAACACUCUCAGUGUCUCUUGGGACCCUGUUCAGGCCAACAUUGACAGGUAUAUGGUGAGCUACACUUCUGCUGAUGGAGAGACCAGGGAGGUUCCAGUGCCUAAGGAGAAGAGCAGCACUGUUCUGACAGGCCUGAGGCCAGGCAUGGAGUACAAGGUUCACGUAUGGGCCCAGAAGGGGACCCAGGAGAGCAGGAAGGCCAAUACCAAGGCCCCCACAGAUAUUGAUGGCCCCAAAAACCUAGUGACUGACCAGGUGACAGAGACCACUCUUAGUGUCUCCUGGGACCCAGUGGAGGCUGACAUCGAUAGAUACAUGGUACGCUACACGUCUCCUGAUGGAGAGACCAAGGAGGUCCCUGUGUCAAAGGAUAAGAGCAGCACAGUCCUGAGGGGCCUGAGGCCAGGUGUGGAGUACAAGGUUGAUGUGUGGGCCCAGAAGGGGGCCCAGGACAGCCGGAAGGCCAACACCAAGGCCCCCACAGAUAUUGACAGUCCCAAAAACCUCGUGACUGAGCAGGUGACAGAGAGCACUGCCACCGUGUCCUGGGACCCAGUAGAGGCUGACAUUGACAGGUAUGUGGUGCGCUACACCUCUGUCGAUGGAGAGACCAGGGAAUUUCUCGUUGGGAAGGAUCAAACAAGCACCAUCCUGACCGGCAUGAAACCGGGUGUGGAGUAUCAGGUCGAUGUGUGGGCCCAGAAGGGGACACGGGAGAGCAGGAAGACCAGCACCAAGGCCCCAACAGAUAUUGAUGGCCCCAAAAACCUAGUGACUGACCAGGUGACAGAGACCACUCUUAGUGUCUCCUGGGACCCAGUGGAGGCUGACAUCGAUAGGUACAUGGUACGCUACACGUCUCCUGAUGGAGAGACCAAGGAGGUCCCUGUGUCAAAGGAUAAGAGCAGCACAGUCCUGAGGGGCCUGAGGCCAGGUGUGGAGUACAAGGUUGAUGUGUGGGCCCAGAAGGGGGCCCAGGACAGCCGAAAGGCCAACACCAAGGCCCCCACAGAUAUUGACAGUCCCAAAAACCUGGCGAUCAACCAGGUGACAGAGACCACGCUCAGUGUCUCCUGGGACCCAGUACAGGCUGAUAUCGACAGGUAUGUGGUGCGCUACACCUCUGCUGAUGGAGAAUCCAAAGAAUUCUUGAUUGGGAAGGAACAGAGGAGCACUGUCCUGACAGGCCUGAGGCCAGGCGUAGAGUACAAGGUUGAAGUGUGGGCCCAGAAAGGAGCCCGGGAGAGCAAGAAAGCCAACACCAAAGGCCACACAGACAUUGACAGUCCCAAAAACCUGGUGACCAAUCAGGUGACAGAAAAUACAGCCACCAUCUCCUGGGACCCAGUGCAGGCUGAUAUUGACAGGUACAUGGUGCGCUACACCUCUGCUGAUGGAGAGACCAGGGAGGUUCCAGUGAGGAAGGAGAAGAGUAGCACGGUGCUCACAGGCCUGAGGCCAGGAGUGGAGUACACAGUCCAAGUGUGGGCUCAGAAGGGGGCCCGGGAGAGCAGGAAGGCCAAAACCAAGGCCCCCACAGAAAUUGACAGCCCCAAGAACUUGGUGACCAACCGAGUGACAGAGAAUACAGCCACCAUCUCCUGGGACCCAGUACGAGCCACCAUUGACAGGUACAUGGUUCGCUACACCUCUGCGGAUGGAGAGACUAAGGAGGUUCCAGUGUCAAAGGACCAGAGUAGCACCAUCCUGACAGGUCUGAAGCCAGGCAUGGAGUAUACCAUUCAUGUGUGGGCCCAGAAGGGGGCUCGGGAGAGCAAGAAGGCUGAUACCAAGGCCCUAACAGAAAUUGACCCUCCCAAAAAUUUCCGUCCAUUUGGUGUAACACAUUCCAGUGGGGUUUUGACCUGGAUGCCCCCCUCUGCUCAAAUCGAUGGCUACAUUUUGACCUACCAGCUUCCAAAUGGCAUCUUGAAGGAGGUGGAGCUCCAAAGAGGCCAGCAGAGAUUUGAGUUGCAAGACCUGGAACAGGGCGUCACCUAUCCUGUUUCUCUGGUUGCCUUUAAAGGUAAUCAGCGGAGCCGGAGUGUGUCUACCACCCUUUCUACAGUGGACGCCCGAUUUCCACACCCCUCAGACUGCAGUCAGGUUCAGCAGAACACCAAUGCUGCUGCCAGUGGCCUCUACACGAUCUACCUCAAUGGCGAUGCCAGCCGGCCCAUGCAGGUUUAUUGUGACAUGGACACGGAUGGAGGCGGCUGGAUUGUCUUUCAGAGACGUAACACUGGGCAGCUGGAUUUCUUCAAGCGUUGGCGGAGUUAUGUAGAAGGCUUUGGGGACCCCAUGAAGGAGUUCUGGCUUGGACUUGACAAACUACAUAAUCUCACCACUGGCACUACCACUCGGUAUGAGGUGAGGGCAGAUUUACAGACUGCCAAUGAAUCCGCCUACGCUGUGUAUGACUUCUUCCAAGUGGCAUCCAGCAAAGAGCGGUACAAGCUGUCGGUUGGGAAAUACAGAGGCACAGCAGGGGAUGCUCUUACCUACCACAAUGGUUGGAAGUUCACAACUUUUGACAGAGACAAUGAUAUUGCCCUCAGCAACUGCGCGCUGACGCAUCAUGGCGGCUGGUGGUAUAAGAACUGCCAUUUGGCCAACCCGAAUGGCAAAUAUGGGGAGACCAAGCACAGUGAGGGGGUGAACUGGGAGCCAUGGAAAGGACAUGAGUUCUCCAUUCCUUACGUGGAGCUAAAAAUCCGCCCCUUUGGUUACAGCAGAGACCGUUUCUCUGGCAGGAAGAAGCGGUCCAUAGGAGGGAAGGCAAGAGUGUUCUAAAGGCCAUCUGAGCUGUCUUCACAGGAGACAAGAGAGGCUUGGGGCGGACAGGGUGGGUGGUGGUGACGGGGGAGCUGAAGUUUGAGGGAUGCUCAGAGCCUCUAAUUUCUUAGAUUGUUGGGUACACAGUGCUAAUGAUGUCAUCAUGCUUAGACCGUUAGAGGUUCCUUCCAUGUCAUCUGCAUGUUUGCCCGUCUCUACUGAGGGCCCCGAAAGCCAACAAUGUUGUAACUGAACAAUACAUAUGGAUAGGACACCGUGUUGGAAACACGAGGUUUUUCAACCCAUCCUUACUUAAUGACAAAUGCAUCGAUCCAGUACAUCGAUAACAAUAUCAAUUGGAAGUCUUUAGCAAUUGGUGGAGAUCUCUGUAUGCGACUGAUGAUAUAGAUUUUUUAAAGAAAAAAAAAAACAGAGUGAGGUUCUGAUCCCCCGGGGGUCAGAGCUGAGGCAAGCUGAGGCUUGUUGUCUCCUGGUUCUCCUGGUUUUGAGGGGAAAGAAUAAAUCUUACUCCUUUUAAACUUCCUGUGUUUAAAGAACGAACGAAGAGACCACAAAGGGGCCACGAUGCAGUCAUAGUUAAGUUCUGACUAGUCUCUAGCAUUCUGGAGACCAAAGCUCCCGUCUUAUUGCUAUUUUUAACUGCCCCUUUUCUAGACAUUUGCAUAAUCUCUUCCAUAGAUCUGCAUAUGUUGUAAAUAAAUUUGCAGUCAUUUCAACUUUAAAUAGCCAAUCUCUCUAAAUAACUGGUACCCUCAGCUUUCCCUGACUCACCUCCACGCCCCCCCCACUUCAGUCAGUCCCCAGCCUCCCUUCCCUGCUCUCCACACUGGAAGCUUCCUCAUAUCACCCUUCUUUCGUGUUUGGUAUCAUUUUGGAAGGUUUUCUGUAGCCAAGUCAGUGACCAUUGAAGUAACUUAAAUUCCUACUCAAGAAAACAAAAAUAAAACAUUUGAUUUUAA